UGACGUGGCCUCGGGUUUCGGGUUUAGUCUGGCAAGGAGACAAGAAUGAGCGGAAGUAGAGUAGUUAUGUUGCUUCCCACCCGCGUCUUUAUCUAUAUAGUACGGAUGACAAAAUGCCACGAUCCUGCAUGAGAACACAAGCUCUGUUCGAGAGACCACACUAGACUGAGGACGGGAUGUAGAACCGAUGAUUUGUAGUAAAAUCUAUUGACACACGAUCACCUUAGUCUACCUUUCCUCAACUAUCAUCCUACCACGAAUAAUGUCACGUGGGUACUUUGGUAAGGAUGUAACCCACCUUCCCACACAAGCUUAGCUCGAUUCUCACAACAUUGUGUUCAUGAUAUCUUAUAGAUAGCCCACACAGAACCCGCCUAGUGGUCUGUUGUACAACACUCAUCAAGCACAACAUGUCUACCCAAUUUGACGCUGAGUCUAUCGCUCGUCUCUCUCUACACGACGCGACCAACUUCGGCAUUCAGCAUUCCCAAACCCUUCACCGUCUAGCAAUUCUGCAGCACUGGAGAGUUUCCACUGGUUCGAAAGUACUGGAACUAGGAUGUGGGCAAGGAGAUUGUACGACUGUGCUUGCCUCCGCCGUGGGUGAACAGGGCAAGGUCGUCGCCGUUGAUCCAGCGGAAUUGGACUAUGGCUCUCCAUAUACUCUAGGCCAAGCACAGGAUCACAUCUCGCGAAGCCCGUUAGGUAGGCAGAUUGCUUGGGUCCAACAGUCUCCCGUGGACUAUCUCUCAUCACUGCCAACCAGCAGCAGUCAAGAGUUCGAUGCUACAGUGCUCGCCCACUGUCUGUGGUACUUCUCCUCCCCUUCACUUAUUCUUUCCACUUUCCGGACCAUCAAGCAGCACAGCAAACGUCUGCUCCUUGCCGAGUGGUCUUUGGUAGCGACACACUCCUCUUCUCAGCCUCACGUACUAGCUGCGCUCGCGCAGGCAGCGCUGGAGUGCCGUAAACCCAAUAGUAUCUCAAAUAUACGCACAGUGCUGGGGCCAAAGCGUCUUACCGAGCUAGCUCUGGCUGCCGGGUGGCAAUUGGAGAGUGAGAGCCGUGUGCAGAGUGGAGAGGGGUUGUUGGACGGACAAUGGGAAGUCGCUGCUUGUCUCUCUCCUUCUUUUGAAAGACAAGUAGAGGAGAAGAUAAGUGAUGAAAGGGAACGAGGGGUGGUUUUAGCAUUGCGGGAUGCAUGUGAGGCGAGCUUGGAGAACGUGCCGGGAGGACCGAAGGGAGUUCGGGCGAUGGAUGUUUGGGUUGCUAAUUUUGUUUGAUCAGGCGAGCGGAGGAUGUCAUCUUGGUUGGUACGCUCGUAUAAUCUAGUGCAAAUCUUGACCUUUGAUGUAACCACCAGAGGUCUUACUUCGAUUCUCAUGACCGAAGGAUUGCUGUGCUGCAUCUGAGCAUCCAUCGUCAUUCAUGUAAUGGUAAGCCCUAUCUUGGUGUCAUCCAACCGUCACGCUGAAUCUCCGAGGAAAAGGUCUCGGGUUGGAAGGCACAGCUCAGCUUCUCGGGAUGAAGCUUACCCGGCGAGCAAAUCCCAGUGCAUACGCUUCGUCGCAGCCGAUGCAACAUCGACUACGUUAGAUGGGAAGAGCUAGGAGGACCCAGGCAGCCACUCGAUCCU